UAAAAAGGCAAGACGGUUUAUGAUAAUUUUGCCUGCCUUGGCUUAAUUAGAUCGAAUAAGAGAGCCAACCUUUUUUUUUUAUUAUUAUUUUCAUAUUUAAGUCUAAUAUUCAACCAACAAACCACAUCAACUAUAGGCAAAUAUGACGUCUUCAUCCUUCCCCACCUGCAUCUACAUGAACCAUGAUAUGUUCCAAGCUGCAGAAGAUGGAAACUGGGAAGUACUCGGUGGUCUUGAAUCUCUUGACCGCCUGGUGGACGGAAGGCAGAACACAGCCCUUCAUAUUUACUCCAGAACCGGGGAGGCAAGGUAGUUACUUUAUGCCACCAGAAAUAUAGAUUGAAAAAAAUGCCAUCCCUUAACUUUCUCAGGCAACUCGUCGACAAGUGCCCAUCACUGCUAUUACAACCCAAUCUCAACGGGGAAAUCCCAUUGCACAUUGCAGCCACAAAUGGGCAUUCUGCUAUUGUGAAAUUCCUUAUUGAACGCACCAAACUUCCUCAAGAUGAAGAUCUGGAGAAGAAUUUAGAAGCAACCAGGGUAAGGCAGAUGCUGACUAUGAGGGAUGAUCAGGGAAAUACUGCUUUGCAUAAGGCGGCUCGAUAUGGUCAAGUUGAGGUGCUGCGAGAAUUGAUGAAGGCAUUAAACUCUCAUCAUCAUUACUUUUCAAUAUUCUCCGCUAAUAAAAGCGGUGAGACUCCACUCUACAUAGCCGCCAUUGAAAAAUAUCCUCUUUUUGUGGCUGAGUUAUUGCAUACUUGCAAUUCAACGUCAAUGCCUUACGGCGGCCCCCAUGGUAGAACAGCUUUGCAUGCAGCAGUCAUGGCCGGAUAUAAAAGGACAACGGAAAUACUGUUAAAGGAAAAAAUGCAUUUAGCCAAAGAAACCGACGAUAAAAGGCGGACUCCACUUCACUAUGCUGCGCAUUUGGGUCGCCGUCCAAUUGCGAAACUGUUGUUAGAGACCGAUGCAUCUGCUGCUUAUAUGACUGAUGAAGAGACAGGCACGACGGCACUUCACAUGGCAGCUUGGCGAGGACAUUUAGGCGUAAUGGAAGACAUUAUCACCUAUUGUCCAGGUUGUCGCGAUAUUGUUGACAAAAAUGGCAGGAAUUAUCUUCACUUCGCCAUCGUUGCUUUAGAAGCCACACAAUUUAUGAUCUUAAUAAAGGGUUAUAUUAACAGUGAGGAGAUUUCUCUUCGAAAUCUUUUGCACCAAAAGGAUGUCAAUGGGAGCACGCCUCUCGAUGUCAUUAAUUUUGGACCUACUCAUCUGCGCGUUAAAAGUACUAUUUAUGCAGCUAGUUAUCUUAAAGCUCAUGGAUUUGGACGACUGGUUUAUGGAAUUUCAGAUCCAAAAAUGGAGAAACUGGUUCAGGAAAUGUUGAAAGAGAUAGGGGAUAAAGCAGAAGUGGCAGGGGUACCGGUUCACAACUCCUUCCGCGAGUGUUUUGUGGGGAAGGAUGAUGAGGCCACAGGGGAGAAAAUCGAGAUUCUGAAUAAAGCAGCCGAUACCCAUUUGUUGGUUGCAACGCUAGUAGCAACCGUAACAUUUACUGCAGCAUUCACGGUGCCUGGUGGAUACAAGAGCGAGCAAGGCACUGCAACCUUAAGUCGUGACUCAGCUUUUAAAGCCUUCAUUAUUACAGAUACCCUCGCAUUUGUUUUCUCCCUUUUAGCCAUCGCCCUGCAUUUUACUGUAGCGUCAGAAUCUAGGAAGCUAGUUCAAUUGCUUCUUAAGCAUAUUCAAAUGGCCGAUUACUUAACUUGUCUCGCAAUGGCUGCCAUGGUGAUUGCUUUUAGCACAGGCACUUACGCUGUGUUAGAAUCUUCCUCGGGGUUUGCUAUUGCUGCUUGUUCCCUUGGGAUCAGCUUCUUUGCCGGCCUGAUCAUUGUAACUUUUAAUUCUCGCCCGGUUAUUCGCCCGUUAGACUACUAG